UUCUUAAGUAUUUGCCUAUUAAAAUCCAAACAGUGACUUUUUUUUUUUUGGCCGGGCAGUGUAUUAUAGUUUUUUUAUGUUAUUAUUUUUAUAUUUUCCAUCUUCAUUUUAUGUAAAGCAACAUGUCAAUGUUUUUACAUGCUCUUACACCACAAUGAUAGAAUAAUAGGCUAAUUUGGCAAACUAUUUGAAUUAUUUAUUACUCAGAUGUAUCAACUUGGUACCUUGUAAACACAAAUUUGUUUCCUGGUGGACUAAUCUAUCAGAUUAGAGCUUGACAGAUCAAGCGAGAACUACUGUACAUGCAUCAAGUAUUUGGUCAGCGAAAUGACUCGGUGGUCUGUGGGUGUGCCAUUUCAGCCUUAUAUAAGCCUCAAAAAUCAUUCUGCUGUCAACUAUUAAAAAGCAAUUUAUUUUACACUAGUCCAGGUGACAGAAAUGGCCACCAUGUUACUGUGGUUUAGGUUAUGGUUUUACACUUAUUUAAAUAUGGAAAUAGUAUGGCAAUAGGGCCAAGUAGCAUCUGUGAUUGUGAGAAUGAUCAAAUGUUUAAAAUAUGUAAAAAAGUCCCAAUUCCAAACAGCUUCUUGUUUAGGCUUUACCUUCCACAAUAAUAAUGCAUCUCACAUCUACCUAUUUGAAAUGAAACUCCACAAGCACUCAGUGUAAUGAUUAUCAAAUGCAAAGCAGACACACUAUUUGCAAUUUGAUGCAUACUUAAAACAAGUGUUCUUGAAAUGCACUUGCAUUUAAGUCUAAAAAAUAAAAAAAAUAAAAGUGUCAUCCUUCCAAAAUGCUAUAUAGGUUAUUAUAGUAAAUAAAAGCCAUGUAAAAUAAAAAUAAAUGUAAGUGUUCAUGCUUGCUUUCCUCACAGAGUGAAGAAUGUGAUGGUGACGGAGCAGUAUGGAGUGCUCGUGGAAGACUCUACUGCUGCUCGUGUGCACAUCCUUGGGGGUGCAGUACACUGCCAUCCGCUCCCUUCAUGACUCCUUCAGUGGCCCAUGCCAAGACUCCGCCCACUGCCAAGGACGACAGGGUAAAGAGCAGAGAUGGAAAUCUCUCUGCGAUGACAGCCAUGUCCCUGCUGAGACUAGCGCUGCCACUGCUCGGAAGCACAUCCUUCUGUUUGCGCAAACCCGUAGUGGCUCCUCCUUUACUGGACAGCUUUUCAAUCAACAUCCUGGCAUAUUUUACGUUUUUGAGCCUCUUUAUCAUGUGCAACAGGCCUUUACCAAUUCUAGUAGCCGCCUACAAAGGGCUUUGGAUGGCAGGGCUCUUCUGGGGGCCUACCGAGACCUCCUACUCAAUCUCUACAACUGUGACUUCAGCUUCCUGGAGAGCUACAUUCGCCCUGAACCACAGGAUCACAUGACUGGGGCCUUUUUCCGCCGCAGCUCCAGCCACGCCCUGUGUACGCCGCCUGUCUGCCAGGAGGGUGGCGAGGAGAUUCUAGCAGGGCAACCGGAUGAAACCUGGUGCCCGAAAAAGUGCCAGGCGUUAAACCUCACUCUAGCCUCUCAAGCUUGCCAAGCACGAAGCCAUGUGGCCAUAAAAACAGUUCGUAUCCCAGAGGUAGGCGACCUACGCACGCUGUCAGAAGACCCCCGUUUAGAUUUGAGAAUCAUCCAUUUGGUGAGAGACCCCCGAGCCAUUCUCGCCUCCCGCAUGACUGCUUUUGCCGGCAAAUUCAGGGCCUGGAAGAUCUGGAACGCCACUGGCCGUCAACCGCGGUACGUGGACCUGACGCAGAUAACGAGGACGUGCAGAGAUAUCGAGUAUUCUGUGGAGACCGGCUUGCAGAAACCCUCAUGGCUGAGGGGGAGGUAUCUAUUGGUGCGUUAUGAAGACUUGGCCUUGAAUCCUGAGGAAAAGGUUAAGGAGAUAUACAGAUUUCUGGGGCUGGACCUGCAUCAGAAAGUUCUCACAUGGAUUGCUCAUAACACCAAUGGCACUGUCCCGUCCUCUUCAGAGUGGAACUAUAAGUACUCCACCACAAGAGAUUCUAAAGCCACAGCUCAGAGUUGGAGAGCACAUCUGAACUUUGACAUUGUUAAGACAGUUCAAUCUUUGUGUAACAGAACUCUUUCCCUACUAGGCUAUAAGCCUGUCCAGUCUGUAGAUGAACUGAGGAAUAUAACAAAACAUUUAAUGGAGCCCAGGACAUAGUGAAGUUAACUUUUAUGUGAACUGCUGAUUCAUUUGGAAGACACUUUUAUCCAAAGCGACUUAUAAUGUAUACGUUGAACCAAACAGGGCUCACAGGUCCCAUCAAAGUAUAUUUGGUUACAUAAUAUUGUGUUAAUUGCUUUUCAUAUUUUUUUAUUUGUUUUGACAACUUGCAUACAUGCCAUGUAAAUGCAUGCAACAUUAUGGAUACUAUUUUGGGGGAAACUUUGCUCAUGAAUAAUAAUUAGGUUAUGAUUAUGAUGCUUGGUAACUUUCCUUAAAGGCAGCAUUUUGUCAAAAAUCAUUUACUCAUGUUUUUCUAAACCUCUAUGACUUUCUUUCUUUUUUUGGAACAUAAGAUAUUAUGGAUUUUAUUUAUUUAUUUAUUUUCAUGUAAUAGAAAUCGGUAAUGACAAAAAAAAUUGGUUAACAACAUUUUUCAAAAUAUCUUAUUUUCAUAAUUUUCAUUUUUUGGUGGACUAUGCCUUUAAGCGCCUGGUCACAUGAAGUAAUUAAUAUUCAUGAGUCAGGACUUUAGAAUAGCAUGAUGCUAAAAGAGCGUACAUGCCUAUCAUUUUCAGCAUGUAAAUAUGCAUUUAUAUGAUCAAAGUACCACUACCGACAAAAGCACAGCAGAUGAAGAGCAUGUGUUAUCUGGACGAGCCCAUUUAUGGCCUUAAGUAUGAAUGUUGAUUAGCAAAAAUGUCCUUACAACCUCAUAAACAGUCAAGCAGAGAUCUAAAAUGACUGAAAUGCCACUCAGCGCCAUUGAAAACCCAUCUAUGUUCUUCUUAAAAGCAAAGUCUCUAAUAAAAUCAAGUCAGCACAGAAGGUUGUGUUCAGUGUAAAUCACUGGCAGAUAGUUCAAUGUGUUUCCAUCCACUGAAGUCCUCAAAUUAUUUAGAAGCCACAACUUCAAAAAUAAUCUGUCUCUUAUGGCAUUUGGGAAUUUGUGAAUCAGAGUCAGGGACUAAUUCUAAGUGCAGUGUCAACAUUAGGAAAAGCACUUUGGAGCUAUGAAGCCACUUUGCAAUUUGUGGAUAACAGAUAUGAAAUUAUACAAACCAAAAUCCUGAUUUAAUUAUGUUAUCUCCUGUUCACAGGGUCCCCUUGAGGUUGAGAAUUUGGAUGUAGCCCAUUUGAUCCCUUGGGUUCAUGUGGAUCUGCUAAUUACUAUUUUAGUUCAUAUCAUGGAUUAAGUUACUAAAUAUUUUGAUAUUUUGGAAGGCGGGGUUUAAGUACCAAUACUCAAAUUCUCAAAAGUUUUUUGAGAAUAGAAAUGCAGAUAUUUUGAGGCAUGGGAAUAUGGAAUUGUGCCAGUCUUUAGCCUUAAAUGCUCUUGAAUUUCAUGAUGUCUUUGGUAACUUUGUGUUGUUGUUAAUGCCAUCCUGUCCAUUAAGCAAUUCAUUAAUUCUAAGUGAAUCAUGCCCUUAAGCGCAAACACUUUUACAUAUUGGACAAAUGCUGUGUAAACAACUGUUACUCAUCUCAGGUAUAUGAUGAUUAAAUGCAAUUCUUCAGCCGCACUGCCAGUUAAUAAAUAUGCAGAUAAAAGAGAAAA